GCAACAUCCAUGCCACUUCUUCAGCCCUACGUGUCGCAAUCCCUCUUCAAAGAUUCUUUAUUUGAGCGCUUCCCUUGUGUCCACUCCCGAUACUACAACCUAUCCGUCGACCCAACCAUCUUCACAUCCACCUCCACCUUCCCCACAGAAUGGCCAACUUCGCGCCUUACCAAGAUAUCCCCGAAACCCAGCGAACCCUAUCACCUCCACCUGCUGCUUCUCCUGGAGUAAUAUCUCCUCGCGCAUCACUUGAUCGCACGCGCAACAUUGGCACAGCCGUUGUAACCUCGCCCUCGAACCAGUCCUUCGGCCAGCGCGACUACUUUGGUGGGCAACAGCAAGAACCAGAGCGAGUAGCCUGGAAUGCCGCCCCUGGAGGUUUCGGAGGGGGCAGGGAGGAUGUCGACAUGUUCGAGACUAGACUUGGAUUGAGGAUGGAUUAUGAAGCUUGCCUGGCAUAUCUUCUGCUCCCGCCAGCUGGAGGUGUUAUGCUCUUGGUUCUUGAGCACAAGAGUGACUACGUGAGGUAGGACCGACCUUGGGGGAUCAUCUUGGACGAGACUUCAGAGCUCACGCAAAUGUGCAGGUUUCAUGCAUGGCAAUCAAGCCUUCUCUUCGCCUUCAUCUUCGUUGUCCACAUCAUAUUUUCCUGGUCGAGCAUAAUCUCUUGGCUUUUGUUCAUAGGCGAUCUCGGCCUCAUUGGUUUUCUCACAAUGCACGCCUACAAAGAUGGUAGGUGCACAUAAUGCUGCAUACACCUCGAGCAAUGUUUGACUCAUAACAGCGGAAACCCUCGAUCGAUAUGAGGUCCCCUUCUUCGGCCCACUUGCAAGCUCCAUCCUAGACGACGAGUAGAGCUAUAUACUUCUAUAGGUGUUGGAGCGGGAUUUUGCAUUUGC